AUGACAACUCUGAGCGAUCUCCCUGAUCAUCUCCUCCUGUGCCAAAUCUUCACCCGCCUUCCAGUGAAGUUCCUAAUCGUCCUCACCAGCGUCUGCAAGUCCUGGCUGGCAUUGAUCUCGUCUCGAUUCUUCGUCGAAGCUCAUCUCUCUCGGUUUCAUAUGAAUCCAGAUAACCAUCAGCUUCUUCUCCACCACCCUUUCAGUAGAAAUAUCAUCAUUUCACCAGUCAAUUUCUUUGGAAACCCUCACAGUUCUAUGAUCCCAAUUCCUGCAACUGAAGACCUAAUUGAUACAAGUGGUUCGGGCAUCUCAAGGAAUUUGUGGUCGUCAAGUCAAGAUUUUCUGAAUUCGAUGCAUACAUUUGUGGGAUCCGUUAACGGGCUCGUAUGUUCCUCUAGACCACCUCUCAGGCCUACUAAUGUGACUAUUUGGAACCCUGCAACUCAUAGAUGUAAGAAUAUCUCGGUGCCCCGUAUUGAUAUUAAAUAUGUGUGGAGCAUCCUAGUUGGUUUUGGAUUCAAUUUUGUUGUAAAUGAUUAUAAGAUUGUCUGCAUCUAUGAACUUGGACUUGAGCUGCAGAAUCCGUCAUAUAGGUUUCGAUUGUAUUCAUGUAAGGAUAAUUCUUGGAAAGAAUUGAAGCCUAAUUUUCCAUUGCAAUUGAUUUUUGUUGAGUGCGUGGUUGUCAAGGCGAAUCCUUACUGGAUGUGUCUUUGUAAUCAACGUCGGAAUGAAUUCUGGGUGAAAGUUGACGUUAAAACUGAGGAAAUCCAAAUGUUCAAGGGGCCUGAGUAUGUUAAGAAAGACACUACUUCUAGCUCUAAUAUGGCGCUAGGUGAUUUUGUUGCACAGGCAGUGUGUUCACCUGGUGCUCAAGCAAAUGACAUGAUUCAUAUUUACACUCUCGAGGAAAAUGCCGGUGUUUGGAUGAGGAUGUACAGCUUUGGAUUACCUGGGGUGCAGAGGCCUGUGAGACUUAAGUGCUUUAAAAACGGUAAAUAG